CGCGGUAAAAUUCACGGCGUCUGCCCUCGUCCGAGCUCGUCGCCGUCGUCCGCGCUCGACAACCGUCGCGCGCAACGUCACCGAUUCCACACGGAGGUGUUCACCGACGGCCGUCUCCCGCGAGUCUCUUAUCGUCGUAUAAGGCGUCGUCGUCGUGGUCGUUGGGUUUCGCGUUCACCGCCGCAAGUUCUCGACGUGUGGCCGUCACCGUCAUCCCCGACGAGGCGCCGCUCCCCUGUUCAGGCAUCGUUUUCGGGGUUGUUAUUUUUGUCCCCCCUCUGCGAGACCCGAUGUCGUUGGGCCGAGUCCAGUACACCGCAAAUGCCACGGCACAAAAUCAUCAACCUAUCACUUACGGAACAUGCUGAAAAUACACAAGGGACUAAAAAAAAAGAAGAAAAAUAAGAAAAAUAAACACAAAGAAGAAGAACUUUUCAACGAAGAAGAACUUGAAAAAUAUCGUCGAGAACAUCAAGAGGGAAAAGAAGCCGAAGGUGAAAAAGACGGCCAAGAAGAGUGGCAGAAAUUUAAAGCAAUCACUGCUGGAAUCGACGAUGUCUUAAAAAAAACACAAGGAGAUCUUGAUCGUAUUAAGACAAACAGUUUCUUUCAAAGGAAACCUACACAGACUGAACUUAAAGCCGCUGAAGAUAAACUCGAAGCUGAAAAUAAGGCAAGACUAAGAGAAGAAGAACGCCUAAAAUCUGAAGCUGAGGCUCGGACUGCAGCUAAAGCAGAAGAAGAAGCAGCAGCUUGUGCACAGGUUGAAGAAGAAUCGUCAUCAGAAGAAUCAGAUAAUGGUGAUGAUAUAUUUGACACUUCAUACGUCGAUGUUAUAACAAGUGGGGAAGUAAAACUUGCAUACAUUCCAGAAAGCCCAACUGAAGAAAGCACAGAGUUUGAUCCAUUUGAUACAUCUAUAGUAGACAAAGUAAUCCAACCUAAUCCAUCAAAGAAGAACAAAAGGUACAUUAGUCUUGGGUGUGCGGUUGAAGUUCUUUCUGGCAAGGAAGUCGAUAUCAAUCCAGAGGUAUUUAGGUCAACUGCUGUUCGAAAAAGACCUAAACCUGUAAAUUUAUUAUUGGAGAGUUUUGACGAAAGCAGUUCAAUCGCAAAACUUGUUGAUGACAAACCAGUAAAAACAUUACUUGAUGACGAUCCAGAUUUACCUACUGACGCAUUACCGUUAACAAUAGUUACUCCUAUUGAGAUAAAACCGCAGCCGAUUAAAAAAGAAAGUAAAAAAACCCCCGAACAAGAUAUAAGUCAAAUUAUCAACGAGUUUGAUACACCGCUUAUUUUAUCUGAAACUGUAAACACACAAUUACAGUUUGAUGACGAUAUUGACGACGAGUUCGCUGCAUUAGCUGCUGAAUCAUUGUCUAAAUCUCCUUUACCGGAGGACGUUGAUCCUUUUGAUACGUCUUUUGCAGAUCACCUUGUACCUGCAGUCAACAAUCUCAACAUUGAAAGUGAACAAAUCAACCAUCCAACUGAUAAAAAGGUAGCUGAAAAAGAUUUUUUUGAAAUUGUUAGACCACUAAGUGUUGAACAUAGAGAUUUGUUGGGUGGAAGUACAACAGAUUUAUCAGUUAUUGGGCAUAAUCCAAUUGAGCCUCAUAAUCCAGUAUCUGAAACUACGCACAUUGAUCCAUUUGAUACAUCGAUUGCAGAAAGUUUGUUACCAGGAAAAGGAGAAUUAAAAUUACUCGAGAAAGAAUUAUUAGAAGAUUCUAAAGCACUCUGUAAAAAAAUAAUUAUUGAAGAAGACGACGAUUUUGAUCCAAGAGCUGAAGACAUUGUUCGACCAGCUGAACUAAAUCUAAAAGAAAAGAGAGUUAGUAUACCAAAGGUAACAUUUGCGUUAGAAAAAGAUUUGUUAACUGACGACCAUCACGGUGAGCUGCAUGUAGCAAAACCAUUGACUCCAUAUUACCCACAGGACCAACCAAACGAAGGCAAUUUUGAAAUUGAUCCAUUUGAUACAUCAUAUGUGCAACACGCACCUGGAGAGGUGGAAUUAAAAUUGAUAGAAAGCGAAUUAGUGGAGACUGAAUCAAAGUGUACAGAUAUACUGACUGAAGAAGAAUUCAUACCUCACAUACUUCACACGCCUGUUGAACCAGAAAUUGCCGUUCCUGAAGAAAUCGAUCCCUUUGACACUUCAUUUGCAAACGACGCUGCGCCAAGUCAAACGGAAAUAAAAUUAUUAGAAUCUGAAUUUAUACAUAAAAGUAUGGCAAAUCCAUUUUUAAUCGGUGACACAACAUCUACCUUCACCGAUAAUAAUAACACUUUUAAUCCAUUUUUAACUAACACAGCAGCAGAUUCAGAGCCUCAGAAUGAUAAUCCAUUCUUUUCAACGUUUGGUGCAUCAAACACUAUUCCAGACAACACAAAUCCAUUUUUGGCGUUCUCACAAAAUCCUGAACCAGCUCAGUCAGUGGUUGACCUGCUGGGUAUUAAUGAAACUCCCCAGACUACUAUAAUAGAAGAUGCAUCUAAAAUGAAACCUCCACCACCGAGACCGGCUCCACCAAAAAGACCACCACCUAGACCAACACCACCACCUCCACCAUCACAUGAAGCCAAAGAACUCAUUCUCAGUGUAACAGGAGAGAUGGAUGCGACUUCAUUACAUUUAUUAGACAGAUUAGCAAAGACCCCUAGUCCCAUUCCAAUGCGAGACUUAUUAACUCCAAGCCCAACACCAACAGCUGACUUACUAGGAUGUGAGGAUCUUCAGCCUCCUAUAAAUUCUCAAAUGUCAAGUGUUUUUGACCAACAAUCAAACAUUAAUGAUCUUCCAUCAGGAUUAAAACCAGAAAGACCAAAAUUUCCACCCAAAAUUGAUUUUCUCAUGGAUGAUUUAUUAGAAGAUGUUCCAAUACAUGAAGGUAUACAGCCUGAAGAAUGUUUAGUAAAAAAUAGAACUCCAUCAAUCCCAGAAAACCCACCAUUAACUGUAGAAUCGAAACCGCCUUCAAGAAAAUCUUCAAAUGAAUUUAUUCUUCCAGUUAGAAGAUUAUCCCAUGACGUAACAGAAUCAAGAAAAAUUAUGCCUGAUUUAAGUAAAAUAGCAGAUCGUAGGAAAUCAGAUAUAGGUCAUUUCGCACCGAUAUUACCUUCUAGAAAACCAACCAGCCAAAGUGAUCAGUCACUUUUAGAAAGUAAAACUGAAAACAUAAUUCAAGAAAUCAAUGAACCUGAAGAUAAAUCAUGUGAUGAAAUGCUUAAAAAUACACCAGAACCUAAUUUAGUGCUUACUGAAGAAAUCCCAGACCAAAAAGUACAAGAAGAAAUUAUUCCCGAAAUACCUAAAGAAAUAAACGCCGAGUGGGAUGAAGAAAAAAAUGGAUUAGAUUUUGAUUCACAACAGCAAAUAGAAUCUUCUGAUCACAUUGAAAUUGAUCCUCCAUCGAAUGAUACAAAAUUGACGCCAUCAGCAACAGACCUUUCACCGUUAGAAUUGACAGAGAAAGAAAAUUUGUCUUUUAAUGCGUUUUAUGUAAAUACAACUUUACCAACAUCUGAAUCAUUUCCCUCAUUUACUGAUGGAGAUGGAAUGGGAGAGCCCUUAGAUAUUGAUGCAUACGAUACAAAACCAAUACCACCAGUGCCUGAUCCGUCGCCUUUCCAAGAAAUACCUACUCAGGAAACAUCAUUCAAUGCUGUAUUUGAAGUGCCCGAGGAAAUAGCGACUACACCAUUCGAAGUUCAAGAGCCACAACAAUCAGACAACAUUGAACCGGCUGUAACUACAAACGUGCCAGAUCCAUUCCCGGUAUCAACAGGGAGUGAAAAUCACGACGCAUUUGAUGCAUUCGCUGCAAAAUUUGACGAUUCUCAAAAUGAUGGAAAUACAUCUGGAGUAGCAUUCGACGCAUUUGGAAGUGUUUCAGGAGGAGCGUUUGAUGAUUCAACAAUGGGUUUUGGAAACGAUGAUAACUUUGAUUCAUUCUUAUCAACACAUCAAAUUCCCGCUGCGCCACAAUCAACACCAGCUAAAGUUACCAGAAAUAAUUCCGGAGAAUCUUUAGAUGAAAAUGAUUUCAAUGUCUUUAUUAGACCUAAGACAGAAUCAGACAACACCGAUCAAUCUGCUGUGCCUUCAAUAGCUCCUCCACCUAAAGUACCUACAACCUUAUUCCAAGAAGGCCCGCCUUCUAGGUUUAAUCCAUUUGAUCAAGAGCCAAAUGAAACGAAUUAUAAAAACCAAGAUACAUACUCUCCUCAACCUAUUCCUCAACGAAGUGAUUCUCAAGAGACACCACCAAGUCCAUUGUUUGAUGAAGAUGUCUCUCAACCCCUUGAAGAAUUUCCAAGAGUCAAUUACAAUGGUGAUGGCUGGGCAAUGGAAUUAAGACAACCAAAUAAGAAAAAAAUAACUGCUCAUCGAUUUUGGAAAAAAAUAUUUGUUAAAAUUACAUACCAGGGAGAAAAUCCUGUCCUACAAUUGUAUAAUACUAAAGAUGAUAAAGAUCCAUUCCAAGAAUUACCAUUACAACCAAGUUAUUCUGUAUCCGAUAUUGGAGCCCAACAAUAUGAUCAAUAUGGCAAAAUAUUCACUGUGAAACUGUUAUAUAUAUUCUAUAAAGAAAAAGCCGGAUUUAGACCAGGUCAAGUAACAAAAGCUGAAAGGCUAACCAACAAACUGAGUCAAUUUGCAGCUUAUGCUAUUCAGGGUGAUUAUCAAGGUGUAAAAGAAUUUGGUAGUGAUUUGAAGAAAUUAGGAUUGCCUGUAGAACAUGGAGCUCAAACUACGACAUUGUUAAAAUUGGGAAGUCAUAAUUUUGAAGACAUGAAACAGUUUAGCGUUUGUAUCGAGGAAGCCUUAUUUAAGCUUUCUGCGCAUCGUGAUAGAGCAUUGAAUUAUAAAGUAGAAGAUGUGCAAAUUACUGCAAUUGAUGAACUAUUUGUUGACCAAAAUUCACAAGGAUCAGUACUAAAACAAAUCGCACGGGUCCGUUUGUUCUUCCUGGCAUUCAUGUGUGGAAUGCCCGAUGUUGAGCUGGGUGUAAAUGAUUUAGUUCGACAAGGCAAAGAAGUAGUCGGUCGUCAUGAUAUCAUUCCGGUAGUUACUGAAGAAUGGAUUCGGUUGGAAGGGGUUGAGUUCCACAAUUGUGUACAACAAGAUGAAUAUGAGAGAACAAGAACUAUAAAGUUUAAGCCUCCAGACGCUUGUUACAUCGAAUUAAUGAGAUUUAGAGUAAGACCGCCCAAAAACCGUGAACUUCCUUUACAAUUGAAAACAACAAUGUGCAUAACAGGAAAUAAGGUGGAAUUAAAAGGAGAUGUGCUUGUACCAGGAUUCACAAGCAGGAAAUUGGGACAAGUGCCUUGUGAAGACGUAGCCAUCAAGUUUCCAAUACCGGAAUGUUGGAUAUAUCUAUUCAGAGUAGAGAAGCAUUUUAGAUAUGGAUCUGUGAAAUCUGCACACAGAAGGACGGGUAAAGUGAAAGGCAUCGACCGAUUUCUUGGUACAAUGGACAAUCUUGAGCCUCAUUUGAUUGAAGUGACAUCUGGUGAGGCCAAGUACGAACAUCAUCACAGAGCUGUAGUGUGGAGAAUGCCGAGGUUGCCAAAAGAAGGACAGGGGGCGUACACUACGCACAACCUCGUAUGCCGCAUGACCUUAACGUCGUACGACCAAGUACCCGAGGAGUUGGAUAAAUACUGUUAUGUUGAGUUUACAAUGCCGACAACCCAGGUGUCGCACACCACCGUUAGGUCGGUAUCGAUUGUAAACAGCGAAAAAGAUUCACCGCCUGAAAAAUAUCUGAGACUGAUGGCCAGACAUGAAUACAGGGUGGAAAUCGAACACAUACAUGGGCAGAUUGAAGAAAACCCAUACUUAGCAGCGACUGCGAUGCCCAGAGCCACGCAACCUUCGUCGGAAGCAAAACUACCACCGACCCCGCAGGCUGCUUCUGACAGCGACUCUUCUUCUUAAAUAAUAUACCAUUUAAAUAGUGAAUUGUAUAUUGCUAUAAGAUUGUUAUGAUGUUAUAGCAUUUGUUGAUAUUCAAUAUUAGAUUGUGAUCUCUUCCUCUAAAGUUAGGUUAAUACAUAAUUCAUACAAUGUACAUAAUAAAUUUAGUUUAGACAAUAACAUUUUGUCGAAUACUCUAAGACUAUACUACCACGAAAAGCACAUUAAUAAAAAUAUCAAAAUCCACGAGCAAGCUGAAAUAAAUGACUACUUAUUUCAUACUAUAAACUAUUUAUACUAUAACUUAUCGUCGAACGGUGAAAUUGAAAGGCCGUUCCAUACUGUACAGACUGUACCUACAAAUGAAAAAUUAGACGCUUAUCAUGAGUAAUUUUCUUGGUAGAUUUUUUUAUUAGUGGGCUUUACGGUAUCGAGUUUAUAAGAUGACAAUAAUACGCGUCGAUAUCGUUUUACGAUGUCUCCCUAAAACAUUUUUUUUAACGCUCAUGCUUGGGAUGUCUCAUUAUUUUUAGUAGCGACCUUUUUGUAUUAGCUGUAACGAAUACGUGUUGUUUUUCAUACUCUACCCGUGUCGUACAUGUGCCAUAAUAAUUAUAAUGUCAUACGUUUUACGUAGGUAACAAUAAUACGUAAAAAAAAUCAAUAUUUAUGUUUACGAAAAUAUCCAUAACAAGUAUUAUGCUCGCGUAUAAUACCUGAACAAUAAUAAUUAUUCAUUAUCUACACUUAGUAUAUUAUUAUUAUUAUUAUUACUAUUACUAUUACUAUUAUUUUUAUUUUUUUUUUUUGUAACGAAGUAACGUACCUACUUAUUUGUUUUUUGGUCAUGUUAUUACCGUGUAAAUAAUUUAAUUAAAUACUCCGUAAAAUUAUAAGCCACACUUACACGACUAAUUUAGCGACUGCGAAUCGUAUAUUCAUAAUAUGAUACAUUCGUCGUCGUACAGUGUACAUAAUGUCGUAGGCUCGAAUAAUCGGUUUACUGUCGAUGAUCGUUUAUUGUUAUCCAAAGAGAUUUGAAACAAAGUUAAAUAAUUAUAAUAACCAUAUUGGUAUUAUAGAAAUACAACCCGAUUGUAAUUAUUCGAAACAUAACGAAAAAACAAUGUACUCCACAACUACCACUAGUCCACUGAUAUGCAGAGUGCAGACUACGCGUGGCUAUAUAUACUACUAAAUAAAAUACAAUUGAAAAUGAAACUAUUUAUUAACUUAUAUACAUCGUAUUAAAAUAAAACAGUAUAUUUUUUUUCGUCGUAGGAAUAACUCAUUAUCAUUAUACUUCGCCGACUCAGGUGACUGUAAUUUAAAUUCUGAUGGCGCCAACACCACUUGUUUGUUUUUCAUCUAAACUUUUCAUAAUAUUAUACGUUCCGGGCGGUGUUUUGCUAUACGCAAUCCAGAGUAUUACAUUUUUCGAUCAGCAAUAUUAAUUAUUUUUCCAAACACAGUGGUGUGUUAUACAAUACCGACUUUAUUUUUAAUUAUGUAUUAUGUAUCUCACUAUCUUCUGUGAAAUGUAUUAAUCGUUUUUGUUGCAUAUCAUGAAGGUAUCAAAAACUUUUGAACGCGUUAUUUGUUAUUUGUUACUUUGUAAGACGUAAAAAAAUAUUAAUGAAAAUAUAUAAUAUUAUUGUAAUAAUAUUAACUAUUAAUAUUACACUGACAAAAUAUUAACCAUUAAUAUUGUUAUUAUAAUAUAGCUUUGAUUGUUACAUUUAAGAUUGAAAGAGCAAUACGCAUGUCCGUACUUCUCGUUGUAUCAAAAUAUUUAGGUACUCUGAGAUAAGUACACAUGUAUCUAUUUGGAAUACCAAAUUACCGCAUAUGUAUUAGUUGGA